AUGGCAUUACAUAGGUAUACAUGGCUAUACCUGGCAAUACAUGGCAUUACAUGGCUAUACAUUGCUAUACGUGGUAAUACGUGGCAAUACAUGGCAUUACAUGGCUAUACAUGGCUAUACAUGGCAAUUCAUGGCUAUACAUGGCAAUACAUGGUAAUACAUGGCUGUACGUGGCAAUACAUGGGUAUCCAUGGUAAGACAUGGCUAUACAUAACAUUACAUGGCUAUACAUGGCUAUACAUGGCUAUACAUCGCAAUACAUGGCAUUACAUGGCUAUGCACGGCUAUACAUGGUAAUACAUGGAAAUACAUGGCAUUACGUGGGUAUACAUCGAUGUACAUGGUAAUACAUGGCAAUACAUGGGUAUUCAUGGUAACACAUGGCUAUACAUGGUAAUACAUGGCAAUACAUGGCAUUACAUAGGUGUACACGGGUAUACAUUGUAAUACAUGGCAAUGCAUGGGUAUACAUGGUAAUACAUGGCUAUACAUAGUAAUACAUGGCAAUAUAUGGCUAUACAUGGCUAUACAUGGUAAUACAUGGCAAUACAUGGCGUUACAUGGGUAUACAUCGCUAUACAUGGUAAUACAUUGCAAUACAUGGCUAUACAUGGUAAUACAUGGCAAUACAUGGCAUUACAUAGGUAUACAUGGCUAUACCUGGCAAUACAUGGCAUUACAUGGCUAUACAUUGCUAUAAGUGGUAAUACGUGGCAAUACAUGGCAUUACAUGGCUAUACAUGGCUAUACAUGGCAAUUCAUGGCUAUACAUGGCAAUACAUGGUAAUACAUGGCUGUACGUGGCAAUACAUGGGUAUCCAUGGUAAGACAUGGCUAUACAUAACAUUACAUGGCUAUACAUGGCUAUACAUGGCUAUACAUCGCAAUACA